CAAACUUCCUCCGUCUCGGCCGCUCACCGCUCCGCCGCAGUCCACCGCAGACCUACCCUCCACUGACACCAAUCAAACUCAAUUUCCUCUUCUCUAUCUUACGACGCGCCGUUUCUGCUCCUCCGUUUGAUCAAGUAAUGGCAACGCCAGCUUGGUUACCGCAGGAUGUGCAUCCACCUGUAUCUCAAUCCCCAGUUUCAGACUCACCUGCAGGGGGUCCUUCAACGCCAACUUCUGCUCCACUUGUGUCAAGUGCAGGCACACCAAUCUCUUACAGUGUGCCUCCAAACACAAUUGACACUUUUGGAACCUCUCAGCAGCCAUCACCUACUGCGACUAAGUUCAAUCAGUCAGCAUCUCCGAUGGUUCUUCAACCCCCAGUUCCUGGUCUGUCAUCUCUUACCAGUCCCUCUUUUUCAUACAACAUUCCAAACUCUAAUCAUCCCUUCCCCAAUAAUCAGUGGUUUCAAUCUGGCAUGCAGAAUGUCUCACCUGCUACUGCACAAGAAACCGGGAAUGCCUUGUCAUUUAACACACGUCAUGGAAUGCCUGGUCCCCCUGGAACAGCCCACUCAGUUCAAUUGUCCUUUAAUCCGACUGCUCAAUCUGCACCCGUUGAUUCUUCUUUUGUAGCACUUAGACCUAGUUUGCAAACACAUCCUAUUGCAUCAUCUUCUGUUCAGCCACAUGCAGGCGCUCCCUACCCAUCUUUACCUGGUAUGGUUGCUAACCCCCAUGGAGUCUGGGUGCAGUCCCCGCAGAUGGAAGGCAUAACUAGGUUACCAUUUCAGCCAUAUCCUGCUGCUUUUCCUGAUCCCUUUCCUUUGCCUACACGUGUUAUGCCUCCCCCUUCUGUUUCUAUAUCCGAUUCUCAGCCUCCUGGUGUCACUCCCAUCGGACAUACGGUUGCAAUAUCUUUGUCUUCCACUUCUGGUCAUCAACUGGCACCCUCUUCAUGGAUGCAGACAGGAUUACCUCAUUCUGGAAUCGAUGAUAGAAAACAUGCUCAUGAGGCAGGUAACCAAUAUAUAGCUGCUUUCAAUCAACAGUUGGAUGCUUGGACUGCACACAAGACAGAGACAGGAGUUGUAUACUAUUAUAAUGCUGUGACCGGUGAAUCAACUUAUGACAAGCCUCCUGGAUUUAAGGAGGAGCCUGAUAAGGUCUCUAUGCAGCCAGUUCCUGUUUCAACGGUUAAUUUAUCCGGAACUGAUUGGGUGUUGGUUACAACGAGUGAUGGGAAAAAGUUUUACCAUAAUAGCAAAACCAAGGUUAGCAGCUGGCAGAUCCCAAAUGAAGUGAUAGACAUGAGAAAGAAGCAGGAUGAUGACACUCCAAAAGAAGAUCCAGUGUCAGCGCCAAAGGAUAGUCAAAUGGUUGAAAAAGAAUCUGCUCCAAUUAGUUUGAGUGCUCCAGCUAUUAGCACAGGUGGUCGUGAAGCCAUGGCUUACAAGGCCUCAACUGUGCAAGGUUCAACAUCUGCGCUCGACCUGAUAAAAAAGAAGUUGCAGGAUUCUGGAGCUCCUGUUACUUCAUCACCAGCUUCAGGACCUUCAGAAUUAAAUGGCUCGAAAGGAGUUGAGAUUACACCUAAGGUCCAGCAGAGCGAGAAUAGCAAAGAUAGGGUAAAUGACACUAAUGGAGAUGGUAACAUCUCUGACUCAUCAUCAGAUUCAGAGGAUGCAGAUAGUGGGCCAACAAAAGAGGAGGGUAUCACUCAAUUCAAGGAGAUGCUCAAAGAGCGGGGAAUUGCACCAUUUUCAAAAUGGGAGAAGGAACUGCCAAAGAUAGUGUUUGAUCCACGAUUUAAGGUAAUUCCAAGUUAUUCAAGGAGAGCCUUGUUUGAACACUAUGUUAAGACACGUGCAGAGGAGGAACGAAAGGAGAAACGAGCAGCUCAGAAGGCUUCAAUAGAGGCAUUUAAGCACUUACUGGCUGAAGCAGUGGAGGAUAUUAAUGAUGCCACAGAUUACCACAGUUUCAGAAAGAAAUGGGGCAAUGAUCCACGCUUUGAGAAUUUGGACCGCAAGGAUCGAGAGCAUUUAUUGAAUGAAAGAGUCCUGCCAUUGAAGAAAGCUGCAGAAGAAAAGGCUGAAGCAGAGCGUGCUGCAGCAGCAACUAGUUUUAAGUGCAUGCUUCAAGAAAAAGGGGAUAUUACUGUAAAUUCCCGUUGGUCCAGGGUGAAAGAUAGUCUGCGGAAUGAUCCAAGGUACAAAGCUGUUAAGCACGAGGAUAGGGAAGUUUUAUUCAACAAGUACAUAUCCGAUCUCAAAGCUGUGGAAGAGGAAGCAGAACGAGAGGCAAAAGCUAAAAGGGACGAGCAGGAUAAAUUAAGGGAAAGAGAGCGAGAACUACGCAAGCGGAAGGAAAGAGAAGAACAAGAAACAGAGAGGGUGCGAUUGAAAGUUCGUAGGAAGGAGGCAGUGUCUUCUUUUCAAGCUUUACUUGUCGAAUCAAUCAAAGAUCCUCAGGCAUCUUGGACAGAAUCUAAGCCUAAGUUGGAGAAGGACUCACAACAGCGUGCAGCCAACUCUGAUCUGAAUUCAUCCGACAUGGAAAAGCUCUUUCGGGAACACGUAAAGAUGCUACAUGAGCGAUGUGCACACGAGUUUAGGACUUUGCUGGCUGAAGUGUUGACUAUAGAAGCAGCCUCCCAAGAGACAGAGGAAGGAAAAACAGUUCUGAAUUCAUGGUCAACAGCUAAACGUUUACUAAAGCCUGAUCCCAGAUAUAACAAGAUGCCACGGAAAGAGAGGGAAGUCGUGUGGCACCGAUAUGCCGAGGAGAUGCUGCGAAAGCAAAAGUCAUCACAUGAUCCUAGGGAAGACAGGAAAUCAGAUGCUAAAAGCAGAAGCUCCGCCGAUGCUUGGAGAUCCACCUUCGGAUCAAGGGUUGCCCACGACCGUAGGUGACCAUUUGCUGAUCACUAACUUAGUAGGAUUCCUUUCGUUACUUGAGGGGCACAAUUUACAGUUGCAGUGCUGUAUCUAUACUAUUACAUAACUUUUAGGAGUGAGUUAGCUGAUUUUACUAGCUGACUUUUAUCAUUUGGUUACAGCUUGAAACUAUGAUUUACUGCACCUUUUAACUUGAUCCAAUGCUAUUAGAUAAAUUUCUAUC